AUGGAUUCUAUGAUCUUCAAUGUAUCAGCGGGCGAUCCGGUCCGUACUACAAAUCCCAAGGGCGGAGUCUAUCGUACAACUGUUGGACCAGCUUACUACGAGAGUUGGUCAAACUUUCCUGAGGGCACCAAGUUUGUGUCUACGCUGAAUUUCGGCAACAACUCGAUCGAUAUUGCCAGAGAUAUGGCAGUCGCCUCUGUCAAAUAUGCAAGCAAUGACAGCAUCAGCUUUNUUGAACUUGGGAACGAGCCAACGAAUUAUCCAAGCUCGAGAUGGAAGAACAGCACGUCAGCAUAUAUUCAACAGUGGAAGAAUUGGACAGCACAGAUAGACGCGGCUGUCAAUGCAACCCUCGGUACCAAUGCAGCUGUCGACUUCGGUAGCGAGCGCUGGUGGGCCUCGUCCGCGACGACAGACCAGAGUGGCCUGGAGGUCCGACCUGCUGCUCUCAUCCCUGCUGGUAUCGACUCCAAUGAUCAGGUGGCCGACUAUUCCAUACACUCAUACCCAUUCUCGACCUGCGAUCCAGCCCGAGCUGUGUUGGCAACGACACAGAACAUCCUGAAUCAGACUGAAUUGAGUCGCUACGCCGAUGAGGAAAUCUAUCCAUCAGCUAAGGCUGCACUCGACGCUGGUAAUCGAUGGAUCAUUGGAGAGUUCAACUCCAUUUCCUGCUCAGGCAAUCCGAACGUUUCAGACACUUUCGCACAGGCUUUGUGGGUGAUCCAGAGUGAGCUUAUAUAUGCCGUACGCAAUGCCUCGGCGGUGUAUCUGCAUCAAGGAGCAGCAUUAGUCUUCCAAAGCAGUCAACAAGUCAAUUCUGCAGGCCAAGAUGGAUCACCAGGCUAUUCGACGUACGACAUGUUCUAUCCUCGAGACAGCGAGAAACGUGGCCCUGCAAGAGUCUUGCCCAGCUUUUCUAGUCAACUUUUCAUGGCUGAGGCAUUUGCAAUUCCUGACACUCGUGUUCGUCAGGUGGAGACGCCUUCAGGCAUCGACGAAGACUAUUUCUCUGCAUAUGCCUUCUACGUCAGAAACCGACUCAAUAAACUUGCCAUCGUCAACUCCAAGCCAUACUACGCUAAUUCUACAAGCGACUCCAGAGUGACCGUGGAUAUCUCUAAAUAUGGACACUCGGAGAAGGGAACAAGAGCAUGGGUGAAGAGAUUGAGCGCUCCUCAUGUUGAUGAAGGCGAUGCAAGCAAGACCACUUGGGCAGGCCAAUCAUUCCCCGAGGGCAAUGAGACCGGAGACCUUCUUGUAGAGGCAGUUGGGCGCGACGGUCUAGUGCAAGUCAGAGGCAGUGAGGCGGUGCUUGUCUUCUUUGACAAGAGAGAUACCAACAUGGAUGCGUGCUGA